AUGAAUUUGUUAAUUUAGGAUAAAACAGAGUAAUUUUCAAUGCCUAAUUUAAACUUUAGCAUAAGUCAAAUGAUCAAUUAAGCAACUUAAAAAUAAUAGUAAUAAUCUACAACAGAAUUUUUAACUCCAUCAAAACAUCGUUCAAUGGAGCAAUUAUUGAAAUCACCAGGAGUUUAGGAACUAAUAAAAGAUUCUAUAAAAGCAGUUAUAAAAAAGAAAGAUUUUAGUCCAAAAUUAUUUACUUAAUAUAAAUAUGAUCAAUUAGAUAGAUCUGAGAGUCCAGCAUAAUAAAUUUUACCUAAAAUUGAGAAAGUGAAUAAUAUACAUGUUCUUAAAUAAAUAUAACAUGUAAAGAAGAAGAAAUGUAAAAAUUAUAAUUGAUUAUCAUAGCAAAUAAUUAAGGAAAUUCACCAAAAUCUAAGAAAUCAAAUCAUUUAAAAUAUUAAUAAGGAAGGUUCAUGUAAAUAUUUCCAUAGACAGAAGGAAUAUCAACUUUGAAUAUUUCAUCAAAACCAAUUCAUAUAAUAUGUAUAAUUAAUAAUAGAUAAUAGCAAGAAAUAAAUUUUAGGAUUCUUUUUUGAAUAAUUCAAUGGAUAAUAAGUUGGAGAAGGAAAUUGUAUAAAAGAUAAGAUUAUAAAUGGAAAAGCAUACAACACAAAUGGAGACUGAAACAGUUCGUACAGCAAAAUAAGCAAGAUAGAAUUCAUAAUUAAUAAAGACAUCAAGAAAUAUUAAAAUAGAACCGAUGGGAAAUGUUCCUUAAGGUAUAUAAUUGACUAAUGGAAAUUCAACAACAAUGUAAUUGCCAAGUUUAAAAAAGAAGAAACAAAAAAAAUUUGAUGGUAUAUAUUAUAUAGAUCCAAAAUAUCCAUAAGAUUAAAUAUUUUAAGAAAGAUAUGCAUCAAUGAGACAUUAUUUUAAUGUAAUGAAUUUAUCAAAUUGUCUUUUUGUUUAACCAAAUUAAAACAUAUACAAAGCAUAUGUUGGUAAAGGUAAUAAUGGAAUGUUGGUUCGAUAGAUUUUAAAAAGUAGAUGGUGGUGGAGUAUAUAAGAUGAAUAAGAAUCUUGUCAUUUUGUUUGGACUUAAUUAAAAGUUAAUACAAUUCAUGAAAAUAUGAAAGCAUUAAAUAGAAAUCCUAAUGAUUCUAUGAGUUGUUAAAGUGCUUCAUCAUCAUUAACUACAAUAGGAUCAGUAAGUUUAGGAUUCUCUAAAUAAGAUGAAUAGAGUGAAAAUGAAUAGAUAAAAAUAGACACAAUAUAGAAGAUAAAUAAUUAGUGGAGUAAAUUCCUUGUAAAUGCAGAAUUAAGAUAAUUUAGUGCUAUUCUUAAUGCGUAAGGAAGAUAAUCUAAAUUACUUACUUUAGAAUAAGCUUAAGCAAUUAAACCUAAGCUUUCUAUUUAUAAUGAACCUGUUAAGGCACAUAAUCAUUUAGAGAAUAAUUUUCAUCUUGGAAAUAAGAAAGCUUUAUUUUAUAAUAUGAAGGCAUAUUAUGAAUCUUAGAAUUUUAAUGUUUUUGAAAAUCUACCAGUUACUUAUCAUGUGAAAAGUUUAGAUGGACCUGAAUAUCAUUAAUUUAUGGAGGCAUAUAAAGAAAGAUAAUAAAUGAUCAAUUAAGAAAGUGAUGAAAAAAAUAAACGUAGAAAUAUUUGGAUUAUAAAACCUGGAGAAAUAACUAAUAGAGGAAAUGGUAUUAAAGUUUCAGAAGAUUUAAAUGAAAUUCAAUCUAUUUUAAAUUCUAGAGAAAUGCAUAAAAAUGGAAGUUAUAAAACCUUUAUUGUACAAUUAUAUAUUGAUAGACCUUUAUUAUAUAAUAAACGCAAAUUUGAUAUAAGAUGUUAUAGUAUGUAUGUGUCAAUUAAUGGAAAUUAAAAAGGUUAUUGGUAUACUGAAGGUUAUGUAAGAACAUCUAGUAAAGAAUUCACUAUGAAAAAUCUAACUAAUAAAAUGGUUCAUUUAACAAAUGAUGCUGUUUAAAAGAAAGGAGAAGAUUAUGGAAAAUAUGAAAAAGGUAAUAAAGUUAGUUUCGAAGAAUUUUCUAUUUAUGUUGAAAAUCUUGGAGGAGAUUUUAAUAAAAUAUAUGCAAAAAUGAAAGUAUUUCUUAAAUAUUUAUCUUUAAGCAAAUGGCAACAGAAUAAUUUAAAGCAGUUUAUGGUAAAAUAGAUUAGAAUAAAAGAGAAAAUACUUUUGAAAUUUUUGGAUUAGAUUUUAUGAUUGAUGAUUCAUUUAAUGUUAAAAUGAUAGAAGCAAAUACUAAUCCAUCGAUAGAAAUUUGCUGUCCAUUAUUAUCUAAAUUAAUACCAUAAAUGCUUGAUAAUGCAUUCAAGUAUAAUUAUAAAUAUUGAAGAAUUGCCUUAGAUCCAAUCUUUCCACCACCAAAUUUUUAUAAUCCAAAAAAGAUUAUUUGUGAAAAUUAUCUUGAAAACAAAUUUGAAUUAGUAUUUGAUGAAAUGACAGAUGGACCACUCAUUACUUAAUCAUAACCUAAUUGUAUAAAUAUUUAUAUCUAUAUACAUUUUUAGAUGAUAUUGGAUUAAUUGAAGAAGAAUCUGAAGAAGAAGAACCAGAAUGAUUAUUAAUAAUUAUUAUUAUAGUG